AUGGGUUGGCCACCAGCUGUUGUUAUUGUCGUCAGACACGGCGCUCGACUAGACGCUGCUGAUAAGCAGUGGCAUCUCACAUCCCCCACUCCCUACGACCCUCCUCUUACCUAUGGUGGCUGGACACAGUCAAGAGCUCUGGGGGCUCGCAUAGCUAGUAUCUUACGAAGUCGAGAGACUGACGAUGACAUUCCGGAUGCAAGUGGAGGAGACAAAAGGGCAGGAGAUAGGAGAAAACGGAGGCACAAGGUCAUCAUACAUACAUCGCCAUUCCAGCGAUGCGUGCAGACGUCCAUCGGCAUCAGCUCCGGAUUGGCCCAGAACCCAGGACAUACCCACCAUCGACCGGCCUCAUCCCCUGAUAAAGCACUGCAGACACACUCUUCUCCCAGACCUCGACCAUCUGUCAUAACAGGGUCUCCCUCUUUGGAUCCUGACUCCGCUCUUGACCCGUCGAAAUCCAACGGCAAGCCCCGGGAACAGCCAGAUAACAUCAAGAAAUCUACAAUACGCGUUGAUCCUUUCCUCGGGGAAUGGCUGACGCCGGACUAUUUCGAGCACAUUACCCCACCUCCAAGCUCCAUUAUGAUGAGUGCGGGAGCCAAGGCGGAUUUACUCCGAAGAGAGGAUUAUAGCAAUCUAAUAAACUUCAAGGAAGCAAAUGGUGCUCCUCAAGUUCAAGGAUUUCCAGGUGGGUGGGGCAGUCCAGUGGUAAAUACCGAGAAGGAGAAAGAGAAGGAAGGUCCACUUGCAACUGUAUCCUCCGUCGCUCGCGCACUGCCUAGGAGAAAAAGGACCAGCAGUCUAAGCAGCGCUGGUACGAAUGGUAGCCAUGGUAGCCACGGUAGCCACCAUACUAUCCGAAGCAGAUCCCCAGUACCCACGGAGCAUGGCAUUUACGAGCCUCCCGUUCCAAACUAUGCGAUCUCGAGUUCACAUCCCAUUCCACCUGGAUAUGUGGCUCAUUCUCGAGAUGCCUGCGUCGAUGUAGAUUAUCAGUGGGAUAGCAUGCGCGAUCCUCAAAACUGGGGGAGCGGAGGCGAGUACGGCGAAGAGUGGAGCUCGAUGCAUAAGCGGUUCCGAAAAGGGUUGCACCAGAUGGUGGGUUGGUAUCAGAGUGAUGAUUCCCCGGGAAUGCUCUUCACAAAGACUCCACCUGCUAGUCCUGGGGGACAUUCUGAAGAGAUCGACGAGCAUGAGAACACAGAUUUGGUCCUUAUUCUAGUUACUCACGGCGCAGGUUGCAAUGCUUUGAUCGGAGCUCUGACCAAUCAACCGGUCUUAUUGGAUGUAGGCAUGGCAUCUCUGACCAUGGCGGUUCGCAAGCCAACUCCAGCAAGCUCUCCGAAUCAUACACCAGGCCACUCUCGAAAUUCAUCAGCAAAUCUCAACAUAUCGGAACAGUACGAAGUCAAGCUCGUCGCGAACACAGAGCAUCUACGAUCCAGCAGCACCUCAACUCCGCCUCUCUUAUCAAGAGCUUCUUCCCUUUCAUCCAAAUCCACCUUCCAAGAGCGCUUCACAUCCAACAGUAGACCGUUUGAUGUGAAUAAAGCCCGCCUCGCGCCAACAUCGAGCAACUUUGGAAGCAUUCGCCGCGCAGCAAGUGUCGCAGGUUCAAUUCCUCGAGACUACCAAACAGCGCGUAAACCUUCGGUUGGUCUGUGGGGAUCUGCUUUCCACCAAGAGGAGCCAGAAGAGGAGGUUGAGUCAACGGAUGACAUGAUCUUGAACUUCGGGGAAGACGAAAAGGAUGCUCAAGACGCGAAGGAGAAUGAACCGUUAGAGGAGGCAGAAAAAGCAGUAGCUGAAGAACCAACCGCUGUCAGAAAAGGAAGUGAAAAUGAAGAAGAUGAUGUUGCGCCUUUGGGUCUUUGGGGAAGUCCCAGGCCCCCUGGGUACGCGGAGAAGAUUCGGGAGAUUGCUCCAAAGCGUAGAUGGACUGUUACUGAGCGUACUUGA